AUGUUGAAACUUGCACCUACGAUCCGUAUACUGAUAGGUUCGUCUAGUCGGACUGCCCCUACUUUUAGAAAUAUACUUGGCCUCAGGUGGAAUUCAAAUCGCACAUUAAGACAAUAUCCUGAGGAAAUAGCACUUGAUGGUAAAUCCUAUAAAACUGACGAAUGGACUAAUAUUCCUCCUUUUAUAUUAGAGUUAACUAGGAGACAAUUGCAUCAAGAUGUAAAUCAUCCAAUUGGAAUUUUACGUGAUUUAAUAGAGAAGAAUUUUGAAGGUAUGGGAUAUACGUUCUACAAUGAUUUUAAGCCUACGGUAACUACAUUUGAAAACUUUGAUGUAUUAGGGUUCCCACAAGAUCAUCCAGGUAGAUCUAAGUCUGAUACCUAUUAUCUCAAUAAAGAGAAUUUAUUAAGAACACAUACCUCAGCUCAUGAAAUUGAAUGUUUCAAAACGUGUAAGACGCCAGGUUAUUUCAUUACUGCAGAUGUGUACAGAAAAGACGAGAUAGAUAGAACUCACUAUCCUGCAUUUCAUCAAAUGGAAGGUGCUAGGUUAUGGUCCCAAGAUACAAAAGACUUAGAAGAACAAAUCUUGGCUGAUAUUGCAUCUAUCCCGGAAACUGAUAUUAUUGUCGAAGAUCCGUUUAGAGAGAAACCGAUGAAUUUGGGAAAUCCAAAACAAGAUUAUAUGACUAAUAGGCAAGUGGAACUUAUUAGUAUACAUUUGAAAAAAACACUCGAGUACCUAGUCAACCAAGUGUUUGAAACAGCUAAGGAAUCAGCAAGAUUAGCAGGCUCUACAGAACCUUAUUUGAACGAGCCAUUAAAGGUGAGAUGGGUCGAAGCUUAUUUUCCUUGGACAUCGCCAUCGUGGGAAAUUGAAGUAUGGUGGAAAGGCGAGUGGUUAGAGUGUUGUGGAUGUGGUCUAGUUCAGCAACAGGUCUUGCUUAAUUCAGGUUUAAGCAACGAUAAGUUAGGAUGGGCUUUUGGUGUUGGCCUUGAUAGAAUUGCUAUGUUAUUAUUCGGUAUUCCCGAUAUUAGACUUUUCUGGACUUUAGACGAGAGGUUCAGCAAUCAAUUCGAAAUGGACAAAAUUGCUACUUUCAAGCCAUAUUCCAAAUUUCCAGGCAUCACAAGAGAUGUGUCUUUUUGGCUUCCAAGUGAGUCCUUAUUACACGUUAACGAUGUUAUGGAAAUUGUGCGUACCCAUGGUAAUGACUUAAUAGAGAAUGUAACUAGCAUUGAUGAGUUUGUUCAUCCAAAAACAGGGCAAAGAUCCCAAUGCUACAGAAUCAACUAUCAAUCUAUGGAUAGAAACUUGACUAAUGAAGAAAUCAAUGAUAUUCAUAAGAAAGUUGAAGAUGAUUUGAUCAAUUAUUUCGAUGUUAGAAUCCGUUAG